UUUUUUCUGGUUUAUUAAACAAACAAAUACAAGUAUACCUCAAUAACGAGAACAAAACUAGAAGAAAAGAAAAAAAUUUCACGCCUUCAUGUUAAACAACACGUAUUGGAUACUUCAUCUACUUGUAGAAAGGUUGAUGACGCCUUCAUUGUCAACUUCACUUUGCAUAUCUAUGUGAAAAGGGAGAUACCAACUAAAUAUCAUAUACAGAUAUGAAUUGUGGAUGCUUUACUGGCUCAUCUAAGCACGGGAAAGGGGAUGAUGUGCCGCAGGCUUAUCAUGGCGUAGAUGGGCAAUUACGAGGAAAUGUCAACUAUUUUUCCUACAAGGAAUUGAGAAAGGCAACAGAAGAUUUUCAUUUAAGUAAUAAGAUAGGGAGAGGAGGUUUUGGAACUGUUUACAAGGGAGUCCUAAAAAAUGGAAAGCAAAUUGCAGUAAAGACACUUUCUGCUGAGUCAAAGCAGGGCGUGCAGGAAUUUAGAACUGAGGUCAAUACUCUAUCAGAUGUCAAGCAUCCGAACCUUGUUGAGUUGCUUGGGUGCUGUAUUCAAGGAACCAAGAGGAUAUUGGUCUAUGAAUAUGUAGAAAAUAGCAGUCUUGAUCGUGUAUUAUUAGGUUCAACAAAAAGAAAUUUAAAGCUGGACUGGAAAAAAAGAUCUGCUAUUUGUGUGGGUAUUGCUAAAGGUCUUGCAUUCCUUCAUGAAGAACUUGUGCCACAUAUUGUGCAUAGAGACAUCAAAGCUAGUAAUAUACUUCUUGACGAAGAGUUAAACCCGAAGAUAGGAGACUUUGGAUUGGCUAAACUUUUCCCAGAUAACAUCACUCACAUUACCACAAGGAUAGCAGGAACAACUGGCUAUUUGGCACCAGAGUACGUAUUGGGUGGACAGUUGACCAUGAAGGCGGAUGUUUAUAGUUUUGGAGUCCUUGUACUUGAAAUAAUUAGCGGCAGAAGCAGCGGAAAGCCAAACUGGGGGGACAUGUCAAAAUUACUUCUGGAAUGGGCAUGGCAGCUUCACGAAGAGGGAAGGCUCUUGGAGCUAGUGGAUUCGGAGAUGGAAGAAUUUCCACCAGAAGACGUAAUUAGAUACAUGAAAGUAGCUUUCUUCUGCACCCAAGCGGCAGCCAGCCGAAGACCACUGAUGAGUCAGGUUGUUGAAAUGCUUUCAAAGAAUAUUCGACUCAAUGAGAAGGAACUUACAGCCCCGGGUUUUUUCCAAGAUUCAGAAAGUAGUAGAGGAACUUCAAGUAAAAAAUCAGCCGACUCUACUGUCAGUCAGAUGAGUUCAGUUCCAAUUACCAUCACUCAGGUAACCCCUAGGUGAAAAAUGAUAUAUAUUCUUGCAGUUGAUCCUCAGAUGAUCAACAAAAAGAAGAGCUUUGGUUGAUGAGCAAAAGAAUUAUAGGGAAAAAAAAAACAAGAUUUUAGGUACAGUAGAAUGGAAGAUUAUUUCCGGACCAUGUUGAUGUAAGUUGUAAGUUAUUCAUUUCUCUAAUAAUAGUUGGUUCAUGCCUUCAUGGGUUAA